UCUAAUUUGUUCUUUAAUUUCUCUGUUUCAGAGAUUUUUUUUUUCUGGUUUCAUUUGUUUUCAGGAAGCAGACUAAAUAUUUUUGGGGGUCUUCGUUCUUCGGGAGAGCUCUGAAAUUGGAGAAAUUGUCGUGUUUCGUUGUGGGUUUUUCUGUAGAUGAUAAUGAUGCUUUCUGUGCUUUCUUCGCUAAUGGGAGGUUUUCUGUUGUGAAAUUAGGGUUUCACUUUUUUCUCCCAAUCGCUCUGUUUAAGGAAUUGUGGGCCUUUUCUCUAUAUUGGCGCGAUCCGAAUCGAACAUUCCUGGUUUGACUUUAGGUUUCAAUUGGAGAAAAAUGUCAUCACCAUAUCAGAUUCUAGACAAUCGACCACUUGAUCAUUGGAGGGUUACAGAGUUGAAAGAGGAACUUAGGAAGAGGAAAUUGAUAACCAGGGGUUUGAAGGAGGAUUUGGUAAAACGUCUGGAUGAAGCAGUUCGUAUUGAGAGGGAAAAUGCUCAGAAUGAUGCUGAUAAUGAUCUUGAAUUCAGUCCUCAACCUGAGGUUGUAGUGACAAAUUUGGACACGCAUGAGGUUCUUAAUGAAAGCGUUAGAGGAAUUGCAGAUGAAGGUAGUAUUGGUAAGAAGACUGGAAAGGUGGAUAAUCUUCCGGUUCAAGUUGACACUAAUAAUAGUGCCGCAGUCUUUGAUCUAGGAAAUAUUCAGGAAGGGUAUGUUCUUGUUGGCAAAGAUUCGGUAGUGGUGGAGGAAAUGAAAGUGGUGGAGGAGAUGUCUGUUGUUCAUGCAACUACUGUGGAUGCUAGUGUUACGGUCGCUGAGAGUGUGGUGAAUGAGGUAAAAGAAAGAGAGCAAGAUUUGCCAGAUACUCAGAUUAAGGAGGAGAAUGAAAAUUCCAAGGCCCAGCUGGAGAUUGUGGAUUCAAAGGCCCAGCUGGAUGGUGAGCGUUUGAAGCCCCACGUAGAGAGUGACGACUCAAAGCCCCAGGUAGACGCUGAAGACUCAAAGACCCAGCUGGAAAUUGACAAUUCCAAGCCCCAGCUGGAGAAUGAGUAUUCAAAGCCUACAUCCGAGGAAUUCAGGCCCGACGUUUCUGCUUCCAAAAACCAGGUAUCUGAGGUCAGCCCUAACUUAGGGUCUCCAGUAAAAUAUGAUUCUAUUUCUACUGAUUCUGUGUCAAUUAAUGAAAAGAAUGAACUAAAGGAUAAUAUAAUUGCUGAUAAUGUCAAAUUAGAAUUAGAUGUUAUUAAGCCGGAGAUGGUGGCACCAUCAUCCGCUACUAUUGUUCCAGUUGGUGGUGACUCACAUCCUAUGGAUGUUGAAGAGCCACACGAGAGCAACACAUCCGUCGAAGAGAAGGAUGACACUACUGGUACUAAUGCAGAUUUGAGCAAGAAAAAUGAUAUUGUAGAUGUGGGGUACUCAGAAAAGUUAAAUUUAGACAGAAGUUCUGGAGAUGAUUCUAUGGAAGAAGAUGUGCUGGAGAGUAAGCAAGUUGAUUCUAAGUAUAGGUCUGAUAAUGUGGGAGAUAAGAGUGAGAAAACAAGAGUGUUUGAUGUAAAGGAGGAGGAUCAGGUUGAUAUCACGGGGGAUGAUUUUUCUGCAGACAAAAAGGACAUUCAUGUUGAGACUAAAGAUCGUCCAUCUGCUGUGGUGGAGAAAAGAAAGCUUAGUGAUCAAUCAUUGGUGGGAAACAAUGAGCCUCUAAAGAGGCAACGGCGGUGGAACACUGAAAGCCUAAAAGUUCCAGAGCCACAAAGCUCCAACCUUACACCUACAGCUACUCCCAAGGAUACUUUUCAGUCCCCGCUUUCUAAGCGCUUCACCAGAGUGGACUCCACUACUAGUGAGGAUACACCUAAGGAGCGUGUUGUUCCACCGUCUCCGAAACCUCCAACUAACUCUCUCAGAAUUGAUCGUUUUCUGCGCCCCUUUACCCUGAAAGCUGUGCAAGAACUUCUGGGUAAAACUGGGAAUAUUACCAGUUUCUGGAUGGAUCACAUUAAGACCCACUGCUAUGUCACUUAUUCCUCAGUCGAAGAAGCCAUAGAAACACGGAAUGCUGUGUAUAACCUACAGUGGCCUCCAAAUGGUGGGCGCCUUCUUCUAGCUGAGUUUGUUGAUCCUCAGGAAGUUAAAGACCGGUUGGAGACUCCACAGGCUCCGGCUGCACUUGCCAAUGCAGCUCCUGUUGUUCCUCCGACCCCACCAGCCUCACAGUCCCAGCCGUCCCCCCGCCAACAUAGGCAGCAGGUUGCAGCCCCACCAUCACUUCCUCCACCGCCACCUCUGUCUAAUCCUCCCCAAGCAAGAGAGCGGCUUCCUCUACCGCCUCCACCCCCGCUACCAGAGAAGCUUGAUCCUCCGAUUGUCACACUGGACGACCUUUUUCGCAAAACCAAAGCGACUCCUCGUAUCUAUUACCUUCCAUUGUCGGAAGAACAAGCAGCCUCAAAACUUGCAGCAGGGAAAAACACUUAGAAGUAGGGACACUAUUUUAGAGUUAUCCUUUGCUGCUAUGGAGAUUGUCUUUCGGGUUUGUUGGUAUGCUGAAUAAGGGUAAAGAAGCAUCUAUUACUGUUUUUGCAGGUCUGCGGAUGUUGGUGGUGGAAAGGAGAGUGUCCUUCCAUGGUGGAGUUGCGGGGUUUUUUUUUUGGAGAACUGCUUUGGUGUUGGCGUAUGUUAAAUUUAGUAUUUAGUAUUUAGAACCCUUAUAAUUGAGAGCUGUCUUUAUGGAUGUAUUAAACACACAUCUAGCUACACCUGGUUUUCCUUUUUGUACCAGAGUUUUUAGUUUGUUGAUCUUUUUAGAGAUACUUUAUUUUGGUUCUAAAAUGUAGGAUCUGCGUUUGAGGCCCA